AUGUUUUCCCUUAUAGUUUUCAUACUAGUGUUUGCAUUUCUAUUUACAAUAUCCUAUACUUUUACCUACAAUCAUAACCUUAUACCGUCUUACUUGACACCUGGGAAGAUAGCGAAACUGAAAAUUAACAAGUAUAUAAAUGAAAUUGGAUAUUUAUACCAUGUAACUUUAAUUCCUUUGAAAAUUGAUCCUGAAGACGAAGAACAAGCCAAUUCUAAUCGAAGUAUCUACAAUUUGGAUAGCGAGAUCAUAGGUACUGCUAAUAAGCUAGAAAAUACGAUCAUUAAAGUUAUCUUUUCAUGUGGGGUUUCAGCUAGUGGGAUGUUAGUGAUUCUCAUACUUUGCGAGCUAAUAGAAUUAUUUGAUUCCGGAGCCAGACUUUUCUGUUUUCACACGGUGAUAAACCUCUUAAUAUUGCUUUUAACUGUGGUACAACCGUACAUAGCAUUGAGUUUGGUGAUAUUCCAAAAAGUCUCGCCCAACCGAUCGUCUUCCAAAUUUGGACUCUUGGUCUUUGUGGUGCUUUAUUUGGCAUGGUUUUAUGUUUUACACGAGUUUGGUGCACUUUCGUCGGAGUUCAUUCCAGAGAGUGCAAUUACUGAAGGUAUCCAUCUUCUGUCGUCCAAAACAUUAAUUGAACGAAAGAUUAAUGAAGUUUCCAUUGCUGGAAUUACCAUCAUGGCAUUACUUUCUGGAGUAGGUUCAAUGUCAACACCUUACAGACAAUUGCCAUCUUUGUAUAAGAAAUUUACUAGAGGUUUGGCUUCCACCCUUAGACGAAAGUCCAAAAUUACUCAACUGGAAUUGAAUAAUUUAAUUCAAUCGUUUAACAAUACGCAAUCGUUAAUCGACAAGCGGAAAUUCCAGCUCAACAAAUUACUUGUAAAUGAAAAUGGAACCAUGUACAAUGGAAGCUCAUUGAACUAUUCUAUAGGAACAAGCAACAGUAUCGUAAAUAGCGAUAGUGAUAUUCAUUCAUUACAUCUGCUGAAGCAACUGAAGCUUGGUGGACUUUUCAAUAAAGUACAAUCCUUUGCCUCUCUCUCUGCCUUGGCUAGCAUUGGAGGUAAAAAGAAUUCAGAAGAAACAGAACUUCUGAACGAAAUAGAUUCGCUCAAAACUUUGAAGAAUCAUAUCUACGACGAUUUCCUUAAGCUUCUUGAUAAGUUUAAAGUCGAACAGGAUGAAAAUAGAAAUCAAUCUCUUGUUAAACUAUUAUUAAAAUGGUUCGACUGGGGGUUUGGGCUCUAUUGUGUUUAUAGAAUAUUCAACGUCAUUUUGAUCAAAUUACCUUAUCAGUUGUACUUUGCUACUCCUAGUAUUAGCAGUGACAUUGAUGAAGGAAUUGCAGCUAGCAAAGAUGCUCUUGCAAUCACGAUAUCCAAAAUUGUGCUCUCUUUCCAUUCACUACCAAUAACGGAAACUCAAUUGGUAUAUCAAGUUAGUUUUCUUCUUUCAGGAGGAUUGUUCCUUUGUUCCAUAACUCACGUACUCACAACAUUACGUUCGUUCAAGAAAUUCAUUCCAAGUUUUGGAAAGUAUACUUCACUGGCCAUGACUUGGUUAAAACAUUUGGUGAUACUGGAAUUACUUGGUAUCUACGUUAUGUCUACCGCCUUACUUAUUAGAACCAAUUUACCUGCCAACUUGUCCAAUCAAGUGUCCAAGAUUCUUUCCCUUACUGGGAGUUCUUCAUCUGCGACUCCGAAACAUACUACAGUUCAAGAAGUUGAAUUUAUUGAUCUUUGGUUCGACAAAGUCUUUGCAGUGACAUGUGUAGUGACAUUGAUCCUGUUAUUAUUACGUAACUAUCUAGAUGAUGAUGAUAGGGAUGAAUUUGAUGAAGAGCUGAUGAUUGAAACUGGAAAGUUUGCUUAA